UUUCUUAUUUUCUUUUUUCAUCUCUCGUCAACAAUAAAUCAACCAAACCAAAUCACGAACUCUUCACAGAAAAAUCUUCAUCCAAACGCGUAACAGAGAAAAUGGACGCCAUUGAUUCCGUCUUCGAUCCACUCAGAGAAUUCGCCAAGGACAGCGUUAGGCUCGUUAAGCGUUGCCACAAACCCGAUCGCAAAGAAUUCUCUAAGGUGGCUGUUCGUACCGCGAUUGGUUUCGUUGUGAUGGGAUUCGUUGGGUUUUUCGUUAAGCUUAUCUUUAUCCCAAUUAACAACAUCAUCGUCGGAUCUGGUUAGGAUGAGGGAAACUACAAUCACCUCCGGAAAUCAACUUGUGAAGCAAAAGGAGGCAGGAGUUAACACUUCCAUAGAACAUCUUAGUUAUGUAUUUUCAGUUUUGCUUUUUUCCAUAUUCUUAUCUUCGGAAGCAUUACAGUGUUAUUGAACAUGUAAAAUUUUACUUUUCCAUGUGUUAGACUUUUGACCUGUUGUUCAAGGAGUAAAAAGUUUAGAUGAGAAA